AUGUCACAGCAUUACUCCUCGGACUCUGAAAUCUCCGACGAUGGCCGCAACGCAAACCCGGGCGCCAAUCAAGCCUCCCUUGCUGGCCCAGCACGGCGGGGAUUGCUCCAACCAUCUCAGCCAAACUCAUCCCACCAAGCAACCCCACCUCCGACAAGACUCGCCGCUCACAAUAAAAGGAACGAAUCUGUGGCAGGCCGUUUUACUCCUCAAUUCCGUGCACGCACAACACCGGCAGUUACAGGAGUCACCAGCCCCAUGCGAGCUACUAUCAGCCCGGCCCGACUGGCUGCGGCUCCUUACACAGCCAGGAGCCCAACUCAAGGCGCAUCGGCUGCAAUCCAUCCUGACCUGGAUGGUGCGGCUCGAGACAAAGAGCUGACCCCUAUCAUCCCUAUGCUGCGUAGCAAGAAUGAAGAUAGCAACCCCGGGCCCGAUAAUGCCGGUGAUGUUCCAGACGGACCUGAAAAUCACCGCAGUGUGCCAACACCAGAUGAAACUCCCCCCGGGCCCGAUAACGCCAGUGAUGUUCCAGACGGACCUGAAAAUCACCGCAGUGAGCCGACGCCAGAUGAAACUCCCCCCGGGCCCGAUAACGCCAUUUCAGUUGAACGACUGGCAGAUAAACUGGGCCUAGAUGUCGGUCAGAUCGAGCGGGUCCGACAAGUCGCAGCCCUGUCAGAGGCUGAUCGUGUGCUGGCUACGCUCAUGUACCUUGAAUCAAUCCGAGCUCGAGUCGAACAAUCUGGUACCCAGCGUGGGCCCGAACAUGUCCCAGCCCCCGUCCAUAUCCCCCCUGUUGAUGUCAAUCCCAGUAGGGGGUUUAUUUACCAUCGCGAUGUCCGAGUACGUCAACCCACCCAAGAUUAG